ACCAAACCCAAACCGAUUUCUAGGAGGGGUUUGCCCCACAAUUGUGCAGAAAAUAUUUCGACUGCACAGGCAAAAUAUGGCUCACUGAACGUAUCGAAGUGAAAGUGUAUAAAAUUUCGCCCAUGCGAAAGUGGAAUCUCUCAGCAUGUAAUGCUUAGUGAAUAAAACUCGUUUAGUAGAUAUAGACAACUUUGUGCCCUCCAUGAAUGAAAUGGUGAUAUCAGAAAUCAUGAAAAUGGGUCUGAUUGCUUCUUCGCUGCGCAGGCGUGGUUGCUUGUACGGGAUAGUUCUCGUCUUGAUCCCGUGCACCGUGCUGAUCGUAGUAAUCGGCACCGACUACACGACUGAACAAUCGAUGUCUCAGCGCAUGGCCGAGUUUCAGAUGCGAAUGCAGUAUCUGGAAUCUAUGUACCGCACAAAACAGGAGGACGUCGCUAUACUUUCGCAGUAUCUUCGCCUGGCCGUGAACGGUGGCAGAGGUGUUGGUGGUAGCUCGACCAGUUCCACGGAUGGCGUGAAUAUAUCGUCACUGGCAAACUUGGACUUGCUGGAGGGUUUGAGCGCCGAUUCCCGAUCGCUAAUACGCAACGUAACAUCGUCCGUACGGCUGGCCGAGAACCUGAAGUUGCCAACGGCUUUCCACUUUUUGCCGCACCUGCUGGACGAUUCGGCAUCAUUGCAACCAAGUUUCAUUGAAAGCAAGAAACGGCAAGGUGUAAGCAUCGUGCUCGGUAUUCCAACAGUGAAGCGCGAUAAGCAGUCAUAUCUGGUGGAAACAAUAGACAAUCUCAUUUCCAAUAUGGACGAAGAAGAGCAGAAUGACACUAUGGUUGUAGUAUACGUCGGAGAAGCAGAUCUCGACUAUGUGAAGCUCGUAGCGCACCAUAUACGCAAUCGUUUCGGCAGCUACAUCGAUAGUGGAUUUCUGGAAAUCAUUGCACCAUCCGCUUCCUACUAUCCCAACAUGAACAAUCUUCGUCAGACGCUGAACGAUUCGUUGGAGCGCGUGCGAUGGCGUUCGAAGCAGAAUCUCGACUUUGCUUUCUUGAUGGCGUAUGCGCAGCCAAAAGGUGCCUUCUACCUGCAACUGGAGGACGACAUCCUGACGAAGAAAGGCUUUGUGACGAUUAUGAAAAACUUUGCUCUGGAGAAGACGGCAAUGAAGGAGCACAGUAAUUGGUUUGUGCUUGACUUUUGUCAACUAGGUUUCAUAGGCAAAAUGUUCAAAUCAGCCGAUCUGCCUUGGUUAAUAACAUUUUUUCAAAUGUUUUACAACGAUAAACCCGUAGAUUGGCUUUUGUACCACUUGAUAUACACUAAAGUUUGCAGCGUAGAGAAAGAUGGGAAAAGUUGCAAACAGGAAAUGACAAAACUGUGGAUACAUUACAGACCCUCACUGUUUCAGCACAUUGGAACACAAUCCUCGCUCAGGGGCAAGGUGCAAAAGUUAAAGGACAAACAAUUCGGCAAAAUCCCCAACUUUCAUCCGCAUCGAAAUCCUCCGGCCAACGUUCGGUCAGGCAUUCAACCAUACAAAUCCUACACAUUGCAGAAAGCUUACGCUGGUGAUAGCUUCUUCUGGGGACUGAUGCCGCAGCCUGGAGACUUGAUUGAGUUUCGCUUCAAACAGCCCACCAUUGUCCGCAGAUAUCUGUUUCGUAGCGGAAACUUUGAGCAACCGUCAGACCGGUUUUAUAACACCACCGUCGAGGUGCUACCGGCCGGAUCAAAUGCGUCGGCAAUCAGUGCCACGUUGCCGUACAACUUAACGAAAGACGGAUUCCUUGUGGUAGGAAGCUUCAACAAUUACGGUAUAGCAGAGGGUGUUAUAGAUUCUAAAAUCGGCAAACUAAAAGAACUUCGAUUGCAUGUCAACAGUGACAGUCAAAACUGGGUCAUAUUGCGCGAAAUCUACUUGCAGAGCAACAGCGUUCGGUGACAGAAGCAUACGCCAAUGAUAGAGCCUUUCGGUUAUAGCAGCAACUUGAAGACAAGGUCUUCGUCGGUGGCACUCGGAUCCUUGGAUACCGCUAAACGCAAGCUGGGACUGCUAGUGGCCGCCUUACCUAAAGUAAACAGGAGCAAACUGUUCCAGCGUAAUCGUGUUAUUUCCUAUACAGGGUCAAAACCUUCAGGUAAAGUCAUAGAUCUCGGAGAGGUCCCGAAACCGGUCAACGCAACAGCGAAUAUCCAGCGCGACGACCAUGCUGGUACGAAUGGAGACAUCCAACAGAAGUUGCAACACUCAAAAUUUGCCUCGUAAUACCAGACCGUUACAAUCACUUGAGGUUAUAAUGCGUGUAUACUCGAUUAUAUAUCUACGGUGUAUGUAUUUUGUGUGAAUGCUUGUUUUCGUCCCAUUGCAUUUUGUACAGUGUUAUCGAGCGCAAUGCGAUAAAACAGACAAUUGGAUGUCUAAUGUGAUCUUCAUUUUUGUUUUUGCGAAUGCACAAUUAGCGAGGGCUUGGCUUGGAAAACCAGUUGAGCAAUCGAAGCGAACAGUAUCUCUUUUUGUGAAUUGCUAAAAAAAAAGGUUUUUACAGAUUUAUGUAAAUGUCAGUGUUUGUUAAUAGGUGUAUAAAUAGCUUAUUGUAAAUGUAAACAGGAUUUUAUACAAAUAACCAAUGCACGUUAAAUGAAUAUGAAAAGGUUAUUGCAAAGAAAGAAGAAAUGGCUGAUCAGAAACUGAAUAUUUGUAUACUUCCCUUCUUUUCCAAACUUACGGGUAUACAACUAGCUACGUUUAAAAGCUACAAUAUGUCUAGAGCCAAUCAUGAUAACCCUACAAGUCCCAAUCCUUCUCCCUAAAA